AUGGCCUCUGAUGAGAAGUUUAAUCACCCGUUUCAGCCCUAUGAUAUUCAGAUUCAGCUCAUGAGCCAAGUGUAUGGCUUACUUGAAGGCAACAAGAAAAUAGGCAUUUUUGAGAGUCCAACGGGUACUGGAAAAACCCUUUCGUUGAUCUGCCCCACCGUUACGUGGUUAAGAAAUAACAAGGCAAAAUUGCUAACCAGUAAGGACGCUGACUCUCGUCUCUCGAAUAACGAAGUAAGCGUGCCGACGCAGGAAAACGAAGAAGACAGUGACGAUGAGCCUGCUUGGGUCACAGAAGCGUAUUUUGAAUCGGUACUUAAAGAAAAAUUAAGGGCCUUGAAAGAGUACGAGGAUCACUUGAACUCCAAAAAAUUCACCGCAAAUGCUGCGAACGUUCUGUCUGGACAGGACUGCAGUCAAAAAGCUGUCAAAAAAUCUCGUGUUGUACCCCACGUUCCGGUUGUUUUUGAGGACAGUAACUUUCUUCCGGACGAGGAUUCCUCACCCGUGCUAGACAAUCAGGAUUCCACAGAUGAUCAAACGAAACUAAAUGCCGAAGUAAGGGCUCUGCUUGGCAAAGUCAGUGAUCCACAACGCGCUGAGAAGCCUGAGGUUGCGAAUUUGCCUUCACCCAUAAAGAUUUUUUUUGCCUCAAGAACACAUUCACAGCUAUCUCAGUUUGCCUCACAGUUAAGGCUCCCUAACUUCCCACCGUCCUUCGAGUCUCUGGAGCACGAGCGAAUCAAGUUGGUGCCUCUUGGAUCCCGAAAGCAACUCUGCAUCAACCCCAAAGUAUCGAAGUCCCCAAGCCACACAAUAAAUGAUAGCUGUAUGAACGCGAUCAACAAGAAAGAGUGCGAGCCAUAUACUAGGACAAAAGACCCUAGCAACGUACGAUCGUUCAGAGACUACGCGUUCCAGGCAAUUCACGAUAUCGAGGACAUGGCCGCGAUAGGUCGAGCGACCAAUGUAUGUCCUUACUAUGCCUCACGCGAAUUUGUCAAUGAUGGCGUUGAGAUCAUUACACUACCGUACCAACACUUGAUAAAUGAAAGCACUCGUGAUGCCCUGGGAAUCAACUUAAAGGACUCGAUUGUUAUCAUAGAUGAAGCCCACAACAUCAUUGACACUAUAAAUUCUAUCAACUCUGCAGAAAUUACCUUGAACGAUCUAAUGUACUGUAAAGUAGGGAUUGCCUCGUACACGCGAAAGUUCGCGAAGCGCUUAAGUCCUGAAAACCGGGUCAAUUUGAAAAGACUUUCCACCUUAAUAGCGCUGCUCAUCGAAUUUAUCGAAAAGAACCAUAAGAAUGGUCGCGCAUUUGAGAGUCUCGACAUCUUCGCAGGAAGCAAUGCUGACACGUUGAAUAUCCAUAAUCUAGAGCGCUAUAUGAAAAGAACGAAGAUAGCAUACAAGAUCGAUAGCUACAUUGAACAUCAACAACAAAUUGAUGCAUCUAGCGAUCAGGGUAGUAAGCAACCGGUUCUCUUCAAAGUCGCUGGCUUCCUAAAAACGUUGACCAACCCUUCUGUGGAAGGACAGUUCUUUUUUGACAUAAAUCAUAGCAUGAAGUAUAUGCUUCUAGAGCCAAGUUUCUGCUUCAAAAGCAUAGUGCAAGAGUCUAAAUGCGUUUUGUUGGCCGGUGGGACAAUGGAGCCCAUUUCUGAUUUUAAAACUACCCUACUGCCCUUUGUAGAUGAGGACAGGAUUUCCACAUUUUCUUGUAAGCACGUCAUACCAAAGGAGAACUUGAACACUUUCAUUAUUGGCAACCACUUUGAGUUCACAUUCGAUAAGCGUGAAGAUUCCAAGAUGCUGACAGAGCUACAUGAACUUCUUUUGAGGUUAGCUACCUUCAUACCGGACGGAAUGGUGGUAUUUAUGCCAAGUUACAAAUUUCUUGAAUCACUCUUGAAGUUCUGGAGAUCGAGUUUCAAAUUAACGGACAAGCUAGGACUUAAGAGAGUGUUUCAUGAAGAAUCAGGCAAUCCUGACGUUUUCGCACAGUACGCAGACCAUAUUCGGCUUAAGGAUGGUGGCGCAAUUCUAUUUGCCGUGGUAAGUGGUCGAUUAUCGGAAGGCAUUAACUUCACAGAUGAGCUGGCCCGCGCAGUGAUAAUGGUCGGCUUGCCCUUUCCAAACGUUUUCAGUGGUGAGCUUAUAAUCAAGAGAAAGCAUUUAGAGCAAAAGGUGGUAAGAAACGGAGGCACCAGUAGGGAUGCAACCCUUGUCGCGCGUGAAUUCUACGAGAAUAUGUGCAUGAAGGCGGUAAAUCAAAGCAUAGGAAGGGCAAUAAGACACGCAAAGGACUAUGCCAAUAUUUAUUUGAUCGACAAAAGAUACAAGUCGGAUCACAUUCAACAAAAGCUAUCUAAUUGGGUGCAAGAAAGAAUAUCUAGCUCUACAGAGCUUAAAGAGAUCCUCGAAUUGAGCGAGGACUGGUACAGAACUAGGAAAAAUGCUGAAUGUACAAAAUGCUAA